AUGGUGCAGCAGCCCGUGGAUCUGGACGAUGGGGCCAUCCCCUCAAUCGCGCCAAUACGACAGUCGCAAACGCUUACACGACAGAAGUCUGUCGCAGGACAACUGAUGCAUGUCCCGACCACGGCUCUUCGUGGCCCGUCGAGUUUCAUGUCGUCGAAACAUGCCAAACGACGAUGCACGUGUCGCCGAAAGGCAACAGAGUGGCGGUCCCACUUCUGGCAUGCCAGACAACCCAAACACCUUGGGCUGACGCGCACCAAACACGUGCACAUCAAGCAAGUCGAAGGCAACCCCGUGCUGGAGAAGCUCUUGGACUUGAAAGUGAGCGUGGCGCAGAUGUCGGCCAAAGUCGAGCUGCAGCGAGCGUCGCGUGAGUCUCUGCCGUCGCAAGAUCAGCAUCGUGACGACGACGCGUCACCCGGAUCAAGACCUUGUGCAACCUCCGGCACGAAAGGAGGUGUUUUGUCGCGUUUGGCCCCGCGAGGCAGUGCAUUUAGCUUUUCAGCGUGCUUUUCCAAUUCAAACGCACACUCGAACUCGAGCAACAAGUCGCCGCUUUGA